CGCUGCGCAGCCGGGGAGGGACGCAGGCAGGCGGCGGGCAGCGGGAGGCGGCAGCCCCGUGCGGUUCCCGCGGCUCCCAGCUGCGCCCCGCGCCCGCCGCGCCAUGGCCCGGAGACCCCGACACAGCAUAUACAGCAGUGAUGAGGAUGAUGAAGACAUUGAGAUGUGUGACCAUGACUAUGAUGGACUGCUUCCUAAGUCUGGAAAGCGUCACUUGGGGAAAACUAGGUGGACCAGGGAAGAGGAUGAAAAACUGAAGAAGCUGGUGGAACAGAAUGGAACGGAUGACUGGAAGGUUAUUGCCAAUUAUCUCCCGAAUCGAACAGAUGUGCAAUGCCAGCACCGAUGGCAGAAAGUACUAAACCCUGAGCUCAUCAAGGGGCCUUGGACCAAAGAAGAAGAUCAGAGAGUGAUAGAGCUUGUACAGAAAUACGGUCCGAAACGUUGGUCUGUUAUUGCCAAGCACUUAAAAGGGAGAAUUGGAAAACAAUGUAGGGAGAGGUGGCAUAACCAUUUGAAUCCAGAAGUUAAGAAAACCUCCUGGACAGAAGAGGAAGACAGAAUUAUUUACCAGGCACACAAGAGACUGGGGAACAGAUGGGCAGAAAUCGCAAAGCUACUGCCUGGACGAACUGAUAAUGCUAUCAAGAACCACUGGAAUUCUACAAUGCGUCGGAAGGUCGAGCAGGAAGGUUAUCUGCAAGAGUCUUCUAAAGCCAGCCCGCCAACAGUGGCCACAAGUUUUCAGAAGAACAGUCAUUUGAUGGGUUUUGCUCAUGCUCCACCUUCGGCUCAUCUCCCUCCAGCUGGGCAGACCUCAGUUAACAAUGAUUAUUCUUAUUACCACAUUUCUGAAGCACAAAAUGUCUCCAGUCAUGUCCCGUAUCCUGUAGCGUUACAUGUAAAUAUAGUCAAUGUCCCUCAGCCAGCUGCUGCCGCCAUUCAGAGACACUAUAAUGAUGAAGACCCUGAGAAAGAAAAGCGAAUAAAGGAAUUAGAAUUGCUCCUAAUGUCAACUGAGAAUGAGCUCAAAGGACAGCAGGCGCUACCGACGCAGAACCACACAUGCAGCUACCCCGGGUGGCACAGCACCACCAUCGCUGACCACACCAGACCUCAUGGAGACAGUGCACCUGUUUCCUGUUUGGAAGAACACCACUCCACUCCCUCUCUGCCUGUGGAUCCUGGCUCCCUCCCUGAAGAAAGUGCCUCUCCAGCAAGGUGCAUGAUCGUCCACCAAGGCACCAUUCUGGAUAAUGUUAAGAACCUCUUAGAAUUUGCAGAAACACUUCAAUUUAUAGAUUCUGAUUCUUCAUCAUGGUGUGAUCUCAGCAGUUUUGAAUUCUUUGAAGAAGCAGAUUUUUCACCUAGCCAACAUCAUGCAGGCAGAGCCCUGCAGCUUCAGCAAAGAGAGGGCAGUCCGAGUAGACCUGCGGGCGAGGCUAGCACGGGGGUAAACCCGCACAAGCUGAGUGAGGGUUCACUUGACCCGCUCAAGCCCUUACCUCCUUCGAGGCACAGCACAAUUCCGCUGGUCAUCCUUCGAAACAAGCGGGGCCAGGCAAGCCCUUUAGCCGCCGGAGGCUCUAGCGCCUUCCUAUUUGCUGGCGUCAGCAGCUCAACUCCCAAGCGUUCCCCUUUCAAAAGCCUACCCUUCUCCCCUUCGCAGUUCUUAAACACUUCUAGUAACCAUGAAAACUUAGACUUGGAAAUGCCUUCUUUAACUUCUACUCCUCUCAAUGGUCACAAAUUGACUGUUACAACACCAUUUCAUAGAGACCAGACUGUGAAAACUCAGAAGGAAAAUACUAUUUUUAGAACUCCAGCUAUCAAAAGGUCAAUCCUAGAAAGCUCUCCAAGAACUCCUACACCGUUCAAACAUGCACUUGCAGCUCAAGAAGUUAAAUAUGGUCCUCUGAAGAUGCUACCUCAGACACCAUCUCAUCUAGUAGAAGACCUACAGGAUGUGAUCAAGCAGGAAUCUGAUGAAUCUGGAAUUGUCGCUGAGUUUCAAGAAAAUGGGCCACCUUUACUGAAGAAGAUCAAACAAGAGGUGGAAUCUCCGACGGAUAAAGCAGGAAACUUCUUCUGCUCCAACCACUGGGAAGGGGAGAGCCUGAACACUCAGCUGUUCACACAGGCAUCGCCUGUGGCGGAUGUGCCAAAUAUUCUUACAAGUUCCGUUUUAAUGACACCAGUAUCAGAAGAUGAAGACAAUGUUCUCAAAGCAUUUACAGUACCUAAAAACAGGUCCCUGGCGAGUCCCUUACAGCCUUGUAGUGGUGCCUGGGAGACCGCAUCUUGUGGAAAGACCGAAGAUCAGAUGACGGCUUCUGGUCAAGCUCGUAAAUAUGUGAAUGCCUUCUCCACCCGGACUCUGGUCAUGUGAGACGUUUCCAGACAAGCAUUAUGGUUUUCAGAACACUUCAAAAGUUGACUUGGCGUAUGUCAUUCCUCCACAUGAAACUUUUCAUGAAUGGGAGAAGAACCUAUUUUUGUUGUGGUACAACAGUUGAGAGCAGCACCAAGUGCAUUUAGGUGGAUGAAAUCUUAUGGGAUUUCACCCAACUAAAAGGAUUUUUUAAUAAAUAAAUAAAUAACAAUCUUACCUAAAUUAUUAGGUAAUGAAUUGUAGUCAGUUGUUAAUAUCUUAAUGCAGAUUUUUUUAAGACAUAAAAUGAUUUAUCUGUAUUUUAGAGGAUCCAACAGACCAGUAUUUUUUCCUGUAAUGGGGUUUUUGAAAUUUUUACACACAAAAAAGGUACUCCAAUAUUUCACUUUUCUCAAUCACUAAACACAAUGCAUUACUAUAAAUGUUGACUUAAUACCAUGGGAUUAUUAAUCAAGAUUGUAAAUGCUCAUUUAUGGUUAAUAACAUUGGAGGUACAUAUGUUGUACUAAACCAUUUUAUGAGGGUUUUUUUUUUGUUAGCUUGCUUUAAAAAUUAUUACUG